CUCUAAGCCUCAGUUUCGAUUCUAUAAUCAGCGAACGAGAUGCACGGAAGCACCAAACUGGCAUUGACCUUGGCCUUCGUGCUAACUUACUUGGGAUGCACCCAAGCCCAAGGCCAGGGUGACCUCUUCCGGUGCAAUGUGAUGUACAAAUGCUCGGAUGAGAAGGAGUUGGUUUGGGCCAUGGCCGACGAACGUUGCCACGUGUUUCACAACAGGUGUCUGCUGAAGGUGGAGCAGUGUGCCCGAAAAAAUAGUGAUAAAUCGGAGCUGGUCGAAACCACCCGGGAAAUCUGUCAACCACAUUGCACCAAGGUCUGUGCGGAUGUCUAUGAUCCCGUGUGUGCGCAAAUCUUCCAGGAGGAGUAUAUUACCUUCAGCAAUGAAUGCGAAAUGCGAAACAAUAUUUGCACUAACGAAAGGCCGUACUCCUACUUUGCGAUUGGUGAAUGCGUUGAGCGACCUGUUGGUUAAGGACUUUAAAAGUCCCACUUAUUGAAUUAUUAUUUAUCGUGACUGUAAAAUAAUAAACUGAGAAAAAACAGUUUUUAAAAUAAAUUAAGGAAAGUUCUGACUUUAAAA